AUGGCUGUCACCGGCUUCAUUCACCACUUUGGUACCUUUUUGCUCCUUGUAGCAACGAUUCUUCUGGUCAUCACCAGCAUCUCUGCUCCAGUGGUGCACAACAUCUCACUGUUGACCGUCAAUCUGGGCGACACUUCCGCCGGCAAUGAGAUCACAUUUGGUACCUUUGGAUACUGCGUCCGUGGCGGCUCUGACUAUGGCUCCGACCAGUGCAGCCGUUCCAGGAUCGGUUACUCACCCACCGAUAUCAUCGCCGAGGCCGAUGCCACCCAGUACUCCAACCUGUCCUCCAACGUCGCCGAGGGCUUGACCCGGGUCAUGGUUCUCCACCCCGUCGCCGCAGGCGUCUCCUUCAUCGCCUUCAUCCUCUCCGUCGGUGCUGGCAUGUUUGGCUCCCUCUUCGCCGCCCUUGUCUCCGGCGUUGCCUUCAUCAUCACUAUCGUCGCCCUCAUCUGCGACUGGGUCAUGUUCGCCGUCGUCCGCCGCAACGUCAACAGGGAUGGCAACGGCAGCUCCGCCCACUACGAUGUCGCUCUCUGGACCCUCCUGGCCGCCGCCAUCUGCCUGCUCCUCGGCACCGUCAUCGUCUUCUUCACCUGCUGCAGCGGCCGUCUUCACAAGCGCCGUCAGCAGCGUUCCAAGGUUGACAACUACUCCCCUCCUGCCACCCACACUACCUACCGCCGUCGCCGCUUCUGGCAGCGCAGCAGCCGCUACUAG